AUGGUUUCGGAAAAUAAGAAGACUCAAAACUCUCAGUCAGGCGUUGAUCGGGUUCAGGAACCUCCCUCAGAGCUCAAGGUCGCUGUAGAUGAGAAUACGGGUGUAUCAAAUACCUUGGAGGAUAUAGAAUCAACGGAACCACCCAACGGAGGAACAUUAGCAUGGCUACAAGUACUUGGAUCCUUUUGCCUUUGGGUUGCAACAUUCGGUAUCAGUUUGAGUUUUGGGGUAUUUGAGACUUUUUAUAGAGAGAACUACCUCAAAGACUAUUCUUCAUCCGAUAUAGCUUGGAUUGGGACCACCCAAACCUGCCUACUCUUUUCUAUCGGUGGAUUGAGUGGUCCACUGUUUGAUCGAGGACAUAUGCGAAUAGUUAUUCUUGUUGGCGCAAUUCUUCUCGUUGUAGGCUUGAUGACAGCCAGCGUAGCGAGAAGAUAUCAUUCCAUCUUUCUCUCUUUAGGUGUCUGCGUCGGGCUUGGGCAAGGGUGUCUCUUCGCACCAUCAAUGAUCAUUAUCGGAACUUACUUCACGACACGAAGACCAAUUGCAUCAGGAUUGUCGGCAGCUGGUGGGGGCUUAGCUAGCGUUGUGUUCACGGCCAUCUUUCGCCCGCUUGUUCAAUCCGUCGGUUUUGGAUGGACACUCCGAAUAUUUGCCUUCGUCUGUCUUGCAUUCCUCACCAUCGCUGUCACCGUUCUUAAACAGCGUGUGACACCAAAAAAACCUCGCAAGUUGCUAGACUUAACGGCGCUGAAAGAGGCAGACUAUAUGUGCUUCAAUGCCGGCAUGUUUCUGGUAUUUGUAGGUGGCUACAUUCCAUACUACUACAUGCCGGCAUUUGCUCAGGAGAAGAUUCACACUUCAGAAGAUCUUGCCUAUCAUAUGCUUCCUGUCAUUGCGGCUGGAUCGACCAUUGGCCGCAUUCUGCCUAACUUUGCAAUGCAAAGAUUUGGGGUCUUCAACGUUGCUUGCUUUUGUAUUUUGAUGUGCGGAAUGCUGCAGUUUUCGUGGGGUUCAAUAAAUAACGUCGGUGGAAUGGCCACAUUUUCGCUGUUUUAUGGCUUUUUCUCCGGACUCCUUGCUUCGGUCCCUGCAGUAGCAAUUGCGCAGUUGUCUCCCCAUGUGGGACUGAUCGGUACCCGCCUAGGAAUGGGUUUGCAAGUUGGUGCAGUCGGAUUUCUCAUCGGUAAUCCGAUUGGUGGUGCAAUACUUAAUGGACGAUCAUCGUUCGACGGCAUACAGGCAUUUGGUGGUGGAUGUCUUCUGGCCGCGUUUGUCCUUACCUUUCUGACAGCGUACUAUCACAAAAAGCGGCAUACCUACACCUAA